CGCCCCACGCCGUUGAAAUUGAACCGGCUGAACCCAACCCCUUUUCAGCCCAACCAACAGAACGUAAUGUUUUCACGUGUUUCGUUUUUAAAUUGAUUGAUUUCGAUCAAAAUACAAGUUAUUCAUAGCUUCUAAGAAAGAUGUCGGGAACGCUGAAACCUUAUCUGGCAGCAGUAAGAAGAACACUUACUGCUGCUAUGUGUUUGGAGAAUUUCUCCUCUCAAAUAGUUGAGAAACACAAUAAACCAGAAGUUGAAGUACGAGCUAGUAAGGAACUUCUUUUAACACCAAUAUUAAUAAGCAGAAAUGAUAAAGAAAAAGUAUUGAUUGAGUCCAGUAUAAAUAGUAUGAGAAUAAGCAUUGCUGUGAAGCAGGCUGAUGACCUAGAAAAGCUUCUAUGUCAUAAUUUCACAAGAUUCAUGACGAUGAGAGCAGAACACUUCAUUAUUCUCAGGAGAAAGCCAAUAGAGGGUUAUGAUAUUAGUUUUUUAAUUACAAACAUCCAUGUAGAACAAAUGUACAAACACAAGAUUGUAGAUUUUGUGAUUUAUUUCAUGGAAGAAAUUGACAGAGAGAUCAGUGAGAUGAAAUUAUCCAUGAAUGCAAGAGCUCGCAUUUGUGCAGAAGAAUUUUUAAAAAGGGUUAGUACGCGUGAUAUAAAUGUGAGAUAAAAAAAAUAUAAUACAAUUGCUAAAAUAUUUUUUUCUAUUCCAGUUUUAACUUUAUGGACACAAUGUGUUAGCAACAUAGCAAUAAUCACAAAUGCCAGGUCACUAAAAAUAACAGUGCCCAUGAAUCAAGCUGGUUAAUAUGCAACCAGAUGAAAUUUUAACAGAUUAAUCUCUUAAACUGACUCUAAACGCUCCUUAAUCCAAACACGCCAAUUCCCAUUGUUGUCCAGUCAUGAAAAAAAUUCAUUCGAAUACAUUUCUCGAUUAAUCGCUGUUGUUCAGCUGUGUGUGUAACGAAUAACAAGGCUGAUGUACAUGUAAGUACCAUAACGGUAUUAAAUUCAGCACGCGCAGCCCCUCGUAUGAUAAUCGCGAAUAUAUUCGCAAUCGUGCGUUUCUUUUCCCUAAAAAGAGGAAAUUGAAACAGGUGGUAUAGGAGUAAAGCGUGCAAUUCCUUUUGCAUUUAUAAAGUUCUAUUUAUCUUACGAAUCACUGUAACCAUAUUGAUUUAAUACUAAUGUAAAUACAAAUAAACGAGAAGAAUCAUCGCCA